CGAGUAGCAGUGUCACAGUUGUGCAGUGCAGUGCCAGUACGUACUCGAGUACUCAUAGCCACUCCACUGCAAUACUGGUACAAGCGAGCCUCAUAAAACACCAAAUCUCCACGCUCCGACGAAUAGUGUCAUUGGCCUCUGGAACUUCCCGGUCAUCCUGGAUUACGCCUCCACAUCCUCAUCAUGACGUCUAUACUACCUCCCUUCCCCAAGUUCGUUCUGACAGUUCUUGAGCCGAUUUCUUUGUAAGCACCAUCUAGUCUGAUUCCGAUCCCCGUGCUGUGAUCUAAUUUCUAAAGUCUGAUGCUAAUCUCCUCAUGCGAAUUGUAGAGUCGCCGGGGCCGUGGCUCCAUUUAUUUCUGCAGAAUGGUUCAUUGCCGAGCAGAGCCCGCUCACUCCAGUUCAGCCCAUCUCUGCUAAUGCUGCUACGGUUGCAUACCAGUAAGACUACCUCUCUUUGAUUCUACCAAACUUCCAUCAUAUGCCUCCAAUGAUUCUGGUGCUAUCCAUCAUCUUUAACCUCAUAGCUAUGACAUAUUCCGCUUAAACUCGGCAAACUUGUAUCUCAACGUCUUUUUUUUUCUUUUCUCAUUCCCUUCUAUAUCUCAGCAAUUGUUCAAAAGAAUUUCCCUCUUUCGCUUUUCAAUUAUGGAUUAACGUCACAAACACAGACUGGGCAACAUCUACCUCCUUCUUGCCAUGGUAGGCAUAGCUGUUCUCUACACCACCACGGAAGCGGCAGUCGUUCGAAACUAUGUCAUAGCCUUAUGGAUCGCGGAUAUUGGUCAUGUAGCAAUCACUUGUUACGGCAUAGAAUAUGCUCGUCUCAUCGACAUUGCUAGUUGGAAUCCAAUGACUUGGGGAAAUAUUGCCGCAACUGUGAGUUUAUUAUCUUCAAGGCACGGAUUUCAUAUUCACAUUGCUCUCAAGGUUUUUCUCUUUAUGACCAGGACUGGAUAUCUAUUAGGACUCUUCGGUACAGACCGUAUUCCAUCUAAGGGGAGCAAGAAGCGCCAAUAAAUGAGCAUAGACUCCCAAACAUCAAACCACGAAGUCUUUAUGAUUCGAAUUUCCUGCCUCUUGCGCUUUAGGGUUACUGUUUUUGUAUGAAAGGUUUGCUCUUUCUAUGUAACUUUACUACUUUGUGCCUCAUCUU